UCAUUUUCACUUUAGCUUUCUAAACAAGAUGAAGUGGUUGGUGAUACUUCUCAUGUUCAUCCAUAGUUCAUCUGCAGAGACACACUUCCUGAAGUUUUACUUCACUGGAUCUACUGGGUUCACAAACGUUGCUGUGUUUGACAUCAUUGGAAAAUUAGAUGACAUCCAAGGAUUUUACUGUAACAACAAAGAAGUUGAUGUAAAAUUAGACUGGGUGAAGAAAUUAUUUAGUGACAAUCCAAAAGUAUUUGAGUUUCUGAAAAUUAGUUGCUUUAUCACUAAUCCUGCCUACUUUAGAUAUAUAAUUCCUGUGCUUAUGAAGAAGUUUCAUCAAACUGAAGGUGUUCAUACUUUUCAGAGGAUUGGUGGCUGUGAACUGAACAUGGAAACUAAAGAGGUUACUGGAUUUUUGAAGUACGGUUAUGAUGGAGAAGACUUUCUUGAAUUUGAUUUAAAUGGACUGAAAUUUAUUGCAAUGAGAAAAGAGGCUCUUUUUCUCAAACAAAUUUGGGAUAUGGAUACACAAGAUCUCUAUUAUAACAGAGAUCUCCUCACAAAUCAAUGCUAUGAGGUUCUUAAUUACUCCUUGGUCGUUGGACACAGCUCUAUCUUUAGAACAGAUUACCCCUCAGUUUCUCUCCUUCAGAAGACUCCCUCCUCUCCAGUCGGGUGUCACGCUACUGGUUUCUACCCAAACAGUUUCCUGAUGUUCUGGAGGAAGGAUGGAGAGGAGAUUCAUGAGGGAGUGGAUGCUGGAGAGAUCCUCAACAAUGAGGAUAGUACAUUCCAGUAUCGUGUUGAUCUGGAUAUUUCAUCAAUCCCAUCUAUGGACUGGGCGAGGUAUGACUGUGUGUUUCAGUUUACUGGAACUGAGGACAAAAUCCUGAUCAAGCUGGAUAGAGAAGUAAUCAAGACCAACAGGGAUGAAUCAUCUCAGAGAAAUAUCAUCAUCAUUGCUGUCAUUUCUGUUGUGAUUUCCAUCAUAAUUGCUGCUUUAGCAUUUGCUGCUUUCAAGAAGAAAAAUGAUAGACAAGUCAUCUCUGAGUCUGAAAUCAUACCAUUGAGAAACUGACUUCAAAAUCCAGAUCAAGAAAUCUAACAUCCUGCUCUGCCUUCACAUGUCCAUUUAACAUAUGUACUAUAUGUGUAUUAAUAUAAUCUAAUAAGUACCCUAAUUGCUUUUUCAUUAAGCAGGUAUUAUUGUGUGAAAUAACACCUGUUACUGUACUAGACAGCUGUGGGCUGUAUGAAAUGUUUUUUCUACUCAUUUCUAGUAGAAAAAAUGAGUAGAAAAAACAUUUCAUCAUAACUCCUUUUGUUUUUCUUCAGCUAAUACAAAGUGUAGUAUAUUUAAAAUAAAAUCACAAAUGUUUUUAUUACUGUCAGUUUUUCUAAAUGACCAAGUAUUCUAUUAAAAUCCCAAUUUGCUUCCUGACAAAAUAUGCUGGAAAAAUACAAUAGACUGUUGUAUAUGUGAAUGCUGUGAACUGUCCAUUGUUGCAUUGUUGGACUCUUGUUUAUAAACUGGCAGAUUGAGUUAUGUGUCUGUAUAGCUAUAUUUAUUUUAAAUGCAUAACCAUCAUUUUUGUUUGGAAAAUUGAAAAAUAACUACAUGUGUUUACAUAAAGCCUUCUUAUCCUGUUUUAAUAAAACAAUGAAUACAUUAUUAUAUGUGCAUAAUGUUCAGUAAAAGUGCAUAUAAUUUAAAGACAUUGUAAAACUGUAUAUGUUGAAUAUCCCAACAGCAAAACAGAGGGAAUUAUGUGCAAUUUUAUGCUACAUUUUUAUUGUCUGUUCUGACAUUGAUGUGUUUGCAGCUAAAGUAACAGCUCAGACACAAACCUGCUGUGAAGAUGGACAUUUAUGAGGAUUGAGUUCAGAUUGUAACCCUAAAUGGAGCUGUGUUAAAUUUUGGAAAUCUGUAA